AUGGCCAUUGCCUUGCCACACACACCCAUUAUGCAGAUACACCAACCCACCCACACCACUCAUACCACACGUGUGGGUACGGAUGAGGAGAAGAGCAGGGGCAGAGAUAAAACACCCCCAAUAACGCCAUAUACCCCCUCUGGAGAUGGCGACAAGGCUGGUACACACACCCAGUACGAAGACGCUCUGGCGUUCGCUGACAUACAUACACACACACACACACACACACAGUGUGACAGUAGUCGCCCGGCGUCACAGGGCACACAGAAGGGACACCGCCAGACUGACGAGCGGCUGAGUUUAGACACACUGUUCGAGUGUGUGGUGCAGUGUCGAGAUCUCCUGAGUAAUGCGCGGAUCUGGGCGAGUAUGGAUACAAAGGGCAUGACGUUCACCAAAUCAAUGAACCCGAUGAUGGAGGCACUCAACAAGU